AUGGCAAACUUCACGAAACUUGACGACGUCUCACCUAAGAAAGAUGAUUCGAGUGUUUUGGUUAGAGUUUCUAAGAUGUGGGAUACGUUGGAGGCAGAUCAGGGGGAAGGCCUAAGUUUUCUUUUUGUUGACAAUCAGGGCACAAAGAUGCAAGCAUUCGUUGAACAAGCAAAUCAGAUGAAUAGGUUUAAGAGAUGUCUUCAUGAAGGGGAAUGCAAGAUUCUAACCGGAUUUUCAGUUAUUAUGGUGGAUACAGAGUUCCGUUUGACGGAAGCAAGAAAGAAGAUUGCUCUAACGUCCAACACCGAAGUCACACGUGCAGCGGAUUUCGAUGUUUUUAUUCACCUAGACAUUCUGCCUUAUGAAUAUGUCUUAGGCUACAGUUCUAAUGUUCAAUCUUCUUUUACCAGAGAUUUUCUAGGGUUUAUAUAUGAAGUGAAGAUCAGCAAGCUCACGGAAGAUGACUCUAUUCCUUGGAACACACUAAACGAUGCUCCAAAAAUCACUAACUCGAUAGAUUUCACCCUCCAGGAUAACGAGUACAUAUAUCUAUAA